AUGGCACCACCGAGGAGGAAGAAACCCAAGUAUGAACCGGUAGAUAUAAACUCAUCUUUUGAUGAAAUUUCAUCGGAUUCACAGGGUUCAUCAUUUUUUGAACAUUGGUCAAUCCAACCAAGUCCAGUUAAGAAAUCAGAAACCAUUAAUAAUAAUCAACAAUGGAUAGAUAAAUAUCGACCGAAAACCAUCAAUGAUAUUUGUAUUAAUCCAACUAAACUAAAACAAGUUAAAGAUUCCAUGAUGAAAAUGAUUAAUAAAACUUCAAAUACUAGAGUAUUGAUACUUUCUGGACCUAGUGGUUCAUCAAAAUCCACUACUGUGAAAUUAUUAGCUGAAGAAUUGAUAAUUGUACGUGAUGCCUUUGAUUCUAUUGUAAUUGAAUAUAAUGAACUGGAGGAUUUUGGGAAUUUUUUACAAGAUUGUCGAUAUAAAUCCAAAAAUGUGAUAUUAGUGGAAGAAUUACCAAAUAUAUAUCAUUUAGAAACUUUAAAGAAAUUUCGAGAUGCAAUUAAGCAUUGGAUAUAUCAAGAUGAUAAUGGAUUUUCAUUACCACCUUUAAUAAUAUGUUUAACUGAGAUUGAAUAUGAUUCUAAUGAUCUUAGAAUUAGUUAUAAUAUUGAAAAUAAUUUGACAGUAGAUACAUUAUUGGGUAAAGAAAUUAUAGGAUUAAAUCAAGUGGAAAUUAUUAAAUUUAAUAGUAUUGCCAAUCGAUUUUUGAAACCAACAAUAAAUAAAAUAAUUAAACAAGAAGGAAUUUUAAAAAUUAUUAAUCAACAAGUAUUGAUGAGAUUUUUAGAUGAGAUUUUCCAAAUUGGAGAUAUUCGAUCCAUUAUAUUUAAUCUUGAAAUGUGGAUUAAGAAUGUUAAACAAUUUUCAAGUAAACAAAAAAUUUCUAUUGAUUCAUUUAUGCGAGAGAAUUCGAUUAAUUUGUUUCAUGCCAUAGGUAAAAUAAUUUAUUCCAGUUCCAAAGUGAAUAUAAGACGACUGAAAACUAGUAAUAAUAAUAAUAAUAAUAAUGAGGAGGAGGAGAAGGAGGAGGAGGAAGAGGGUGAACGUUUAGAUAAAGACGAUAUAGAUUAUCAAUCAAUAGAACAAGUGUUACAACUGUUUCCAGAGAAAAAUAUGGAUUUAUUGAAUUUAUCAUUACUAGAGAACUAUCAUAUUUAUCAAGAUUCUAAUUAUGAUUUGGAAUUAGCGAGUAAUAUAGUUGAUGAUUUAAGUGUUAAUGAUAUUAUUAAACUUGGUGAUAUAGGUCUAAGGUCUACUAGGAUAAAUUUAAGCAAGGCAAAAAAUUUAUCAAGCAAACGAUUUAAAUCGAUGCCUUCGUCAAAAUUGAAAAUGAAGUUUCCUCGACAUUUAAAAAUGAUUAAAAUUAUGAAUAAAACUAAGAAUCAAAUCAAUUCUUAUCGUCGAUAUCUUAAUCCACAAAUAUCAUUUGAAGAUUUAAAUUUAAUUGAUGGAUAUUAUAUGCCGAUAAUUUAUAAUACUCAGAAACAAACAAAGUUUAGAUAUAAUCGAUUAGGUGGUAAAUUUCAAGAAGUUUAUGCAGAUGAUAAAAUUCCCAUUGAUGAAGGAGAGAUAAUUUAUGAAUAUGAUCAAUUUGAAAUUGAUAUUAAAAAUAAAAUAAAUCUUGAUCUGGAUAUGAAAUAUUCACAAGCAAUCAAUGAAGAUAUAGAUAAUAUGAGUGAUCCUAUAGAAACAGAUGAUGAUCUUGAAGAUGUAAGAGAUAUAACGAAUAAUGAAUCGGAUGCAUUUCUGAGUGAUUCCGAAUUGGAAUUACUUUUAACACAAGGUAAAGUCUGA